CUCGUCAUCAUCCACCAACGGUGUCCUCACUAGUAUCAUGCACGGCGUCUAUUGUUUCGUAGUUGUAGUAGUUCUGCUAUGGGAGAGUUGGGUGACCGCCGACCCGCAGACCACCCUCCUUAACUCCGGCUGCAGUCAGUAUAACGCAAGCGAUACCUCCGCCUUCGUCACCACCUUCAACGAAACCCUCACGGACCUGCGCUACUCCCUCUCCUCCAAGGCCGCCGACAGCUCCGCCGCCCGCUUCGCCACCGCGCAGCGGCCCCGCACUGCCGAACCCGUCUACGCGCUAUUCCAGUGCCGCGCUUACCUCUCCUCCGCCGACUGCCUCGACUGCCUUUCCGUCGCCGAGGUCGGUAUCCGAAGAUGCGGCAACGCAAAGGGUGCCCGCGUCAUCUACGACGGGUGCAUCCUCCGCUACGAGGGCUCUAUCUUCUUCGACCAGACUACGGACAUCGGUAACGCUGGCGUCUGCAACGGCAGCGCUGCGUCCGACGCGGGGUUCUCCGAGGCCGCGAAGGCGCUGGUGACGGACCUGACCAUCGCCACGCCGAGGAUCUCGGGGUUCUUCGCGGCGGCGGAGAGGGGUGGGGUCUUCGCGGUGGCGCAGUGCGUGGAGACGGUGAACGAGGAGGGCUGCGCCCAGUGCCUCACUGUGGCGGGCGCCAACAUCGAUGGUUGCCCGCCGGACACCGACGGGCGGGCGGUGGACGCCGGGUGCUUCAUGAGGUACUCCAGCAAGUCCUUCUUCCCGGCCAACCAAACCGUGGAUCUCUCCCAGUUCUUGAGUUCAGGGAAGUCAAACAAUAAGGGAGCCAUAAUUGGAGGAGGAGUUGGAGGAAUCUGUGGUUUGUUGCUUCUAGCGAUCAUAGCACUCCUGUGGGUCAAAAGAUCCAGAAAACGCCAAGGGGUUCGAACAGGUUUGUGAAUCUGAUCUAUUAAUCUGUCAGCCAUGGGAACUUUGUUCCUAAGAGUUUUGUUUUCUGAGAAUUAGAUAUAGCGCUUUUUUUAUAUGAUGAGGCCAAAGCGAGUCGUCACUAUACAAUGAUAGGUUUCUAAAUUGUCUUAGCUUAGUACUAUUA